UGUCAAGUGUCAAGUCGUGUGUCAGGUUCCGAUGUGCUUGUUGCUCGCCUCUUUGUUUACGAACAAAUUAAAUAACAGAACAAAAAGUCUAUCGUGACUCAUGCUAAGAGUGCAGUGCUACACUGCUACAAAUUCACUAACGUUACUUGAUUUCCCUUUUUGUUCUAUUGUUUUGUAGUUAUCAAGUUCAAUGUUAGAUAGUAUAUAAGUAACUUAAACUGCGGAAUGGUGUUAUUGUUAUAAUUUGAAAAUUAGAAUGUCAUCGUCAAUAGAAGAAAGUCCGAUAAUCAAUUCGGAUAUAGAACAUGAUGUUACGAGCAGUCAUCGAAACUUAAUUGAAGCUGAACCAGUGGAAGAAACAACAGGAUGGAUCAAAAGUCGAACAGUUCUUGGCAUUAUGGGCUUCCUGGGCUUUGCCAGUGUGUACGCCAUGAGGGUCAACUUGUCUGUAGCUAUAGUUGCUAUGGUCAACUCUACAGCUCCCGUACCAACAAACACAUCAUUAGAUGUGUGCCCAGUAGGCCCAGUUAGUAACAAUUCAGUGCCACAGAGACCUGGUGACUUCAAUUGGACUGUGGAACAGCAAAGUGUAGUUUUAGGUUCAUUUUUCUAUGGAUAUGUAUUAACACAGAUCCCAGGUGGACGAAUAGCAGAAAUGUAUGGAGGAAAACUAGUGUAUGGCUUAGGAAUAUUUUUCACAGCAUUCUUCACACUACUUAGCCCAGUUGCAGCAUAUACGGAUAUAUCAUUCUUCAUUGCUGUUCGAGCACUAGCGGGGUUAGCCGAAGGCGUAACAUACCCAGCAAUGCAUGCUAUGUUAGCGAGAUGGAUCCCGCCGCUAGAGAGAUCGAAGUUUGCAGCUUUUGUGUAUGCAGGAUCUAACAUAGGUACAGUGAUUACGUUGCCUAUAUCAGGAUGGCUGUGCACCCUCGAAUGGGGCGGAGGCUGGCCUCUUUGCUUCUACAUUUUCGGCGGCAUCGGUGUUGUGUGGUUCAUAUUCUGGCUGCUCCUAGUCUUUGAUACGCCUCAAAGACAUCCAAGGAUAUGUCCAAAGGAGAUCGAAUACAUAACAAGGUGUAUUGGCCCUCAUGAGGACAAACCAAGCAUGGCAAUACCGUGGCUGAAGUUCUUGACGUGUGUCCCACUGUGGGCCAUCCUUAUUGCGCAGUGCGGUCAAGCGUGGGUGUUCUACACGCAGUUCACCGAACUACCCUCCUACAUGAAUAAUAUUUUGCAUUUCGAUAUUGUAUCCAAUGCAAGAUUGAGUGCUCUGCCUUACCUAACUGCAUGGAUUGGUGGCAUAUUGCUCUGUAUCUUCGCUGACUGGACGCUUGCUAAGGGAUGGAUAUCGCGCCUCAACAGCAUGAAGCUUUGGAACACAGUCUCGGCGUUUAUCCCUGCCUUUGGACUGCUGGGCAUCGCGUGGGCCGGCUGUGACCGUAUCUCCGUCAUCUUGCUGUUAUGUAUCGCAUCGACCUUUGGCGGUGCUGCAUAUGCAGGUAACCAGAUGAACCACAUCGACCUGUCGCCGCAGUUCGCCGGCACCAUGUACGGUAUCACGAACGCCGCGAGCAACAUCUGCGGGUUCAUGGCGCCGUACGUCGUGGGACUUAUCAUCAAACCCGAACAGCAAACGCUUGGCCAGUGGCGUGAGGUGUUCUACUUGGCAGCGGCCAUCGACCUCGGUGCUAAUCUAUUCUAUUUAUUCUUUGCGAGUACGGACGAGCAGGACUGGUCCCGUCCAGACAAUGAUGACAUGACGGCGCCAGCGCCAGUCGAAAGCAUACUCUUCCCAGAGUCGUAGGAGUCACAAAUAUACUGCAAUGCAUAAUGACCUUCUUACUGUCAAUUCACAAACUUAAGUGGUAACACUGAAGUAUUUUAUCAGUGGCAACAUUAUUUAAGUGUAAUAUUAUAAUGGAAAUUAAAGACAGAUAUAGCUUGUAAAGUGAGUUUUCAAAUUAUAUUUUUAUUAGUUUUUAAUUAAAUAUUUUUGGAAAUUACUUCUGUUUAGACAUUUGAGUCAAAUGAAAUGCAAUCUUAAAUUAUAAGCGAUGGCAAACAACCUUAAUGAUUUUAAGAGUUGAGCAAGAAUUAAUCUAUAAUUGAUAUACGGUCUUAUAUAAUUCUACAUCAAUGUUUCAAGAAGGUUGGUUUAAGGAUAGCUAGCAAGUGCUAGUCAUCUCCGUAAAGUAUAUAAGCGGCAGGACGGGGAAAGGAAGCAAAAAACAUUCCACCGUCGUGUGCAUUUGUGCAUGUAACAUGAAUGUUUGUGGAAACACCGCGACUCAAAGAUUCAAUUACUUAAAGCGGGAGUAGUUUUUUUUUUAAAAAAAAAAAGAACACGCCAACACCUUCCCUGGUUCCCUGUUCACGUGCUUUUAAAGGUGACUGCAAUUACCGCGAGCACCAUAACCUGUUAUUAAGAUUAUCUGUACGAAUUGAUCAAAGAAACUUAAUGUAUACUAUUAUUUCUAUAUUCAUGGUCUCAUAUUCCUUUCAUUAUUAUUAAUUCAUUUGAAACUCCUAUACAGCAGACACUAAAUUUGAAUUAUAAAACACUAAAAAUUAUAAUGUACUAUCAAACUGAACAACUGAUAUUGUCGUGAAAGAGGGAUAGCGCUAUACACUGAAUAGUGUGCUGUCUCGCUUCUUCAAUGAUCGUAGUUCAGAUAGAUUGAGAAUGGUUUAAGCGUCGACUAUGUGACAAUGAUAGCCCAGUAGCUUUUUAUUAAUGCCUAAUGUCUUAUUGCUUAGUUAAAUUAAAACGUUUUUAUUGAUACGAUUAUUUUUAUUCUUAUAUCGCUUUAUUUAUUUAGCAACAAUGCUUGCAGAUGUAAACUUAAUAAUUCAAUGAAGUGAAAAAACAAUACUAUGAAUAACCAAAUUAAUUUUGGAAAUUUUAUUAUCUACUUUAAUUAAAUAUAUUUAGUUAUGUUUUAAUUUGCGGCUGUGUGAACAUUGGCUCUCUUUUCACCGAUUACUAAUCACUCUAUUUUCAACACUUGCUUUGAAACGCUGCACUGAAACUAAAUUUAAAAAAACAACACAUUGCUAUCUUACGAUUUUAUACCUAAAAGGACUUUGAUUGUAUCAACGUUUUGGCAAAACCUACAAAUUAGACUCGACUGUAACAGGGGGAUACUUUUGAUAUUAUACUUUUCGCGGUUUCGUUCGGAAGCAACAAUUUUUUGUCAUUUCUUAAAAAAUCUUUGCAAUCAUAGCUAAAGCUUUGCUAUCGUUAGCCCACUCCACAAUCUUUUUCUUCAAAAAAUGUCUAGGGUACUCUUGUGCGUCGUUUUGGAAACAAAAUUAUAUGUAUGUAAAAUUAUAUAAUAUGGCUAGCCUGUGAUAUGGUGAAUGUUAUUCAUGUUAAAACCAAAGUAAUUGAAUUGAUAGGCUGUUAUUGAACGGAGACAUUCCUAGAGUUUUCCUUCAAUUGAUAUAUAAAAACCAAAAGCAUACUAUGUAUCUCAAAAACGUUUCCUAAUCUAUGCAUAAAAUGUGCAAAUGCCUAAUUGAACCUGUCUGGCAUUUUGCAAAGAGUCGCAAUGUAAAAGCAACCGUAAGACAUGCGGAUAAGAUUGAAUUUGCGAAGAACUGUUUUCGGAUACUAAUAAUAUUGAAAAGGUCCACUGGUUAUCCACACUGGAUAGCAUUUUACUAAUAGUCUUAACGGAAUAACAACUUUAAGACGUGUGCGCAAGGUUGAAUUUCCGAAAACUGUUUGUGUAACUCGUAUGUUGUAUUGAAGACAGUUUUUAAUGUUUUUUUUUU